AUGAUAGCGACAGCGGCGACGGCGACGGCGACGGCGACACGACAGCAAUCAUACGAUCCUGUCGGCGUUAGGACAGCCAAGACAAAGAACUGCGAUCGGGUCGGACAGGAUCGUAUUCAAGAGCACAAGAAUGAGUCAGCUCAGGCGAGAUCAGAUCGGAUUGGAUCAGACCAGGUCGAGCUUGAUAGGAUCAGAUAUGACAGAGCGGGAUCUGAUCCUUUCUGA